AUGGGGAAGACCCUAAGGAAUAUUUUUGAUUCCAGGCCUUCACCAAAGAAAUAUCAGUCACCUACAAUCUACACAAAGGCCUUCACCAAAGAAUUAUCAGAGUCGCCUACAAUCUACACAAAGGCCUUCACCAAAGAAGUAUCAGAGUCGCCUACAAUCUACACAAAGGCCUUCACCAAAGAAGUAUCAGAGUCGCCUACAAUCUACACAAAGGCCUUCACCAAAGAAGUAUCAGAGUCGCCUACAAUCUACACAAAGGCCUUCACCAAAGAAGUAUCAGAGUCGCCUACAAUCUACACAAAGGCCUUCACCAAAGAAGUAUCAGAGUCGCCUACAAUCUACACAAAGGCCUUCACCAAAGAAGUAUCAGAGUCGCCUACAAUCUACACAAAGGCCUUCACCAAAGAAGUAUCAGAGUCGCCUACAAUCUACACAAAGGCCUUCACCAAAGAAGUAUCAGAGUCGCCUACAAUCUACACAAAGGCCUUCACCAAAGAAGUAUCAGAGUCGCCUACAAUCUACACAAAGGCCUUCACCAAAGAAGUAUCAGAGUCGCCUACAAUCUACACAAAGGCCUUCACCAAAGAAGUAUCAGAGUCGCCUACAAUCUACACAAAGGCCUUCACCAAAGAAGUAUCAGAGUCGCCUACAAUCUACACAAAGGCCUUCACCAAAGAAGUAUCAGAGUCGCCUACAAUCUACACAAAGGCCUUCACCAAAGAAGUAUCAGAGUCGCCUACAAUCUACACAAAGGCCUUCACCAAAGAAGUAUCAGAGUCGCCUACAAUCUACACAAAGGCCUUCACCAAAGAAGUAUCAGAGUCGCCUACAAUCUACACAAAGGCCUUCACCAAAGAAGUAUCAGAGUCGCCUACAAUCUACACAAAGGCCUUCACCAAAGAAGUAUCAGAGUCGCCUACAAUCUACACAAAGGCCUUCACCAAAGAAGUAUCAGAGUCGCCUACAAUCUACACAAAGGCCUUCACCAAAGAAGUAUCAGAGUCGCCUACAAUCUACACAAAGGCCUUCACCAAAGAAGUAUCAGAGUCGCCUACAAUCUACACAAAGGCCUUCACCAAAGAAGUAUCAGAGUCGCCUACAAUCUACACAAAGGCCUUCACCAAAGAAGUAUCAGAGUCGCCUACAAUCUACACAAAGGCCUUCACCAAAGAAGUAUCAGAGUCGCCUACAAUCUACACAAAGGCCUUCACCAAAGAAGUAUCAGAGUCGCCUACAAUCUACACAAAGGCCUUCACCAAAGAAGUAUCAGAGUCGCCUACAAUCUACACAAAGGCCUUCACCAAAGAAGUAUCAGAGUCGCCUACAAUCUACACAAAGGCCUUCACCAAAGAAGUAUCAGAGUCGCCUACAAUCUACACAAAGGCCUUCACCAAAGAAUUAUCAGAGUCACCUACAAUCUACACAAAGGCCUUCACCAAAGAAAUACCUUCAAGGUAA